CGACUGGGCAAAAACGGGCUGCCGUUUUCGCUGAAAGACCCUUCAGCAGAAUUUGAAGAAAGCGCAGAGAAACCUCUGUCGCGGAGCAAUCCCUUUGGCGCUAGAAGGGGACUAGAUAGGCUUAUUUCUAUUGCAUACCAGCUAUUCGAUGAAAAGCGUAUGUGAAUUGGUGCUACUUUCUUUAUUGAAAUUUUUUCUUGGAUAUACUUGAGAAUUGUAAUCGAUUUCAUAUUGAUUAUGUUACCAACUGGGAAUUGCACUUUCAGAGCUACUGGUAUUGUGAAACCUAGUGAGAGAGAGAGAGUUUCACUUGUUGAUGCACUAAUGUCUGCGACUAAGGGCCGGACCAGUAGCUUCACUCGCAACGUAUUAAGUGCAUCUUCUUCUCAGACCCCCGGAAUCAAAUGUGGACCCAAUGGCACAUUCUUUGUUUCUUCUGGGAUAUCUGAUCUUGACAAGAUACUUGGUGGUGGGAUUCCUUUGGGAAGUCUAGUUAUGGUGAUGGAGGAUGCAGAAGCACCUCAUCACAUGCUUCUGUUGAGGAAUUUUAUGUCUCAAGGACUUGUUCAGGACCAACCCCUUCUUUAUGCUAGUCCAUCCAAAGACCCGAGAGGAUUUUUGGGUACAUUGCCUUGCCCCUCAUCAAAAGAUGACAAAUUGCGAAAUCAUGAUCCACAACAGGAGAAGGGAUUAAGAAUAGCUUGGCAGUAUAAGAAGUAUUUUGGCGAAAAUCAGCAGAGUUUUGAUGGACACAGAGGUAGUAAGCAAGAGUUCUGUAAUGACUUUGACUUGCGGAAGCCAUUGGAGAGGCAUUUUUUUAGUGGACAACGUGUGGAUUGUGUUAGUGUCAAAGAUUCUCCAAAUCUUGUUGCUUUGCAGGACCGUUGCACCACAUUUUUAGCUCAAUUUCCUAGAAACGAUGGCAGUAUUUCUUCGGUUGGUCGUAUUGCAAUUCAGUCAUUAUGUGCUCCACAGUGUACACAUUCCAACAUGGAAUGGGAUGUGCUUUCCUUUAUUAGUUAUCUGAAAAGCAUGCUGUGGUCUGCAAAUGCAGUUGCUGUUGUUACCUUUCCACCUUCUCUUCUUUCAGAAUCCUUCUGUAAAAGAUGGCAGCACAUGGCAGACAUUUUACUUUCCGUGAGAGCAAUCCCAGAUGAUGAUAAGGAAUUGGCAAAACUCCUUACUGGUUACCAAGACAUGGUCGGCUUCCUUAAUGUACACAAAGUAGCGCGAACCAAUACUCAGGUUCCUUUGAUUCUUGAGGCAACAACAUUCUCAAUAAAAUUGCAAAAGCGAAGGUUUUUGGUUUUAGAAUGUCUAAAUCAAGCUCCUAUUGAUGGUUCAAGUGGGGCGUCGUAUGGAACAUCUGGUAGUUGUUCUGGGUCCUCCAAAACUGGCACCCUCGAAUUUUAAUAACGUGGCCAUAUCACUGGCAAGUGAUCCACCUCAUAGAAGUCACACAUUGAAAGCUGGCCAUGAAUGGAAGAGAAUUCUUGAAUUCAAACUAGCCUUCAACACCAAAAAGGGGAUUAGUCCUACUGCCUGUUCAUAUACCUUGAAUUUCUUAAGAUCAAUUGGCCCAUAUAUAUAUUUAUAUGGAAAGCAUGAUGCAUGAAUUUUCAUUAUAGCUUGUGUUUAAACUAACUGCAAGGAUUAUUGAGAUAUAUAGGAUUUGUGUAACUUGAGUUGUAGUCUUCUCUGUAAUGUUAUAUUUUGGUCCAUCCCCAGAUCUUGUUUUGCUCAA